UGGGGGGUUCAGCUCUCUCUAGUGAGAGAAAGAGGGAACAGACCUCUAAAAAUAACCUAGAAUUUAACACCCAUCUCCGGCCCUUCGUCAGACCAAAGCAGUCGACUCAGCUCAGCACCUCUCCACCCAACCUGAACACAAAAAUACAGAGAAAGAGGUAUUUAAGUCAGAAGCAGUACUGAGACUCCAGCUGUUGAUUGACACGUAAAAUGAGACGUAGUUCUGCAUUCGGCCUGGUUUUCAUCUAAGCGUCUGCCUUUGGGCCUUAUAUUUACCCUCUCAUGCUGUUUUAAUCGAAUGUUGAGAUGACCUCAAGGAGGAAGUUUGGAGUAAAGUCUGAGGUUUCUGAAGAGAAAGAGGAAUAUGUGACACCAAACGGCUACGAGCUGGAGAAACACCUCACGCACGGCAGCGUCGCCUACACGCACGUCAAUGAGGUCUGGCCCAAUGUCUACAUAGGAAACGAAGAAACAGCAAAGGACCGAUACAAGCUGAAGACGAUGGGCAUCUCACACAUCCUGAACGCUGCGGAGGGCGAGUGGAACAGUGUGGAUACCGGCGCUGAAUACUACAGAGACAUGGACGUGCAUUACUACGGGAUCACGGCGGAGGACGUUCCCACGUUCAACCUCAGCCAGUACUUCUAUUCUGCUGCAGAACACAUCCACCAGACCCUCAGAAACCGCCAGAAUAAGCUUCUGAUUCACUGCGUGAUGGGCCGCAGUCGCUCCGCCACACUCUUCCUGGCCUACUUGAUUAUCUACGAGCACAUGAUUGUAGACGCCAUCGAGCACGUCAAACGCCGGUGCCACAUCAUCCCGAACUGGGGCUUCCUGAAGCAGCUGAGAGAGCUGGACACACACCUGCUGGAGCAGAGAAGAGCUCAAAACACACGAGAGGACGACAGAACAGAUACUUAAACACCAGAAAUAUUUACUGAUAUUAGAUAAGAACUGUUUCUGUUUACAUUUCUGGAUGUAGACAAUGGCAGCCAGUGAAUAGUGUUUGAGUUCUAGGUAUCUUUAAGUUUGGUCUGGCUCUAUGCAAAUAAAACAUAUAAGAGGCAAUGCUAACAGAAAGCUUUUUCCAGGUAUUAGAGCUUCUUCCUAUCUAAUUAUGAGAAUACACACA